UCAGCUGGUGUCCGCGGAAAUUAUCAGUUGGGCGAGUUGCUUUGCAUUUCAUCCAUUUGUCAGCCCGUAUUUCUCCCCCGUUUUCUCUGAUUUGUGUCGAGAAAACGAGACGGUUGUCGUCGUAACGCCACGCCGGCGAUGUCGGAGACUUACGAUUUCCUGUUUAAGUUCCUGGUGAUUGGGAAUGCCGGGACAGGAAAAUCCUGUCUGCUGCACCAGUUUAUAGAGAAGAGAUUUAAGGAUGAAUCCAACCACACCAUCGGAGUGGAGUUUGGGUCUAAGAUCAUCAGUGUGGUCAACAAAAUGGUCAAACUACAGAUUUGGGACACUGCAGGACAAGAGAGGUUCAGGUCUGUGACUAGAAGUUACUACAGAGGAGCAGCAGGAGCCUUGCUGGUCUAUGAUAUCACCAGUCGUGAGACGUACAACGCUCUGACUACAUGGCUGAGCGAUGCCAGGAUGCUGGCCAGUCAGAACAUAGUCAUCAUCCUCUGUGGGAACAAGAAGGACCUGGAUGCCGACAGGGAGGUCACGUUCCUGGAGGCGUCGCGCUUUGCACAGGAGAACGAGUUGAUGUUCCUUGAGACCAGCGCUCUAACAGGGGAAAAUGUUGAGGAAGCCUUUGUCCAAUGUGCCCGGAAAAUUCUCAACAAGAUAGAAUCAGGGGAAUUGGACCCGGAGAGGAUGGGUUCAGGUAUCCAGUACGGCGACGCGGCGUUACGACAGCUCCGCUCCCCUCGCCGCGCUCAGCCACAGGGCACCCAGGAGUGUGGCUGCUAGUGGGCGGGCCCGGUGACACACACAGACAAGGCAGGUUUGUGAAGACCAAAAGAAGGACAGACGCAGGGGACCCUAAAAAAAAAAACAACAAAAACAAACGUUGGGUUCAGGGUGCUACGGUAGCGACUCGUCCCUGACCUUUGACCUUUGACCUUCGCACGGAACCUUCUGAACCUUUUGAACCUUCGUUGUUUAUGUAUCUGCAGAGCUGAAAAAAAAAAAAAAAAACGACGACAUCCCGGCCACGCCCCCUUUCAGGACUCUGAGCAUCACCAUGGUAACUCUGGCCACAACCAGAGAGCGCCCGCCUCCCAACAACCUGCCCCACUAUUGGACCAAACCCCCACCCCUCCUCCCUCCCAGCCCUCCAAUCAGAGUGUGAAUUACUAGCAAGUUGUGUUAAGACUUCCUGGACCACUGUGCACUCCUCCUCCUCCGCCCCUCUCUCUCCUUUUCUCUCUCUUUCCUCUCUUUACCUGUUUGUCUCUCUGUCACACCCACACUCCUACCUACACGUUUACCGGGCUGCAUGUCAUCCUACAUUUCCCUUCUUGUCCAACAAACCACCCAACAAACUAGCAAACGUACCAUCCAACUUCCACUGCUAAGAACCCCCCUGAUGUAGAAACAUGCAGCGUAAUCCAUUCACGGUCGCACCAUGAAGAAACAACAGAAAAAGUAUGUCUAUUCCUUGUGUUUAUAACAAUGAAUAGGUUUUGUUUUUUUGACCGACCGUAGUAUCCACCCAACAGUUGAGAUGUCUUUGAAUGGUAAAAAUAAUUAUUCAACAAUUUGAACAUACCUUUAUGCAUUAGAUGUUGAAAGCUGAAAUUAAAAACAUUUGUCAUCAUACAGUACUCUUGUCUAAACCAGGAAGAACUUUUUAAAUUUUCUAAAUAAAUACAUUAUAAUAGAAAGUCUAACAAAAUCAAUAAUGUGUAAAUACAGUACAAUAGAAAAUCUGACAAUCAAUAAUGUAUGCAUUUAUAAUAGAAAAUGUAUCAAAUCAGUAACACAAAUCAAAGUAGAAUAUAAAAAAUGUAUAUAAAAAGAAAUACAUAAAAUAACCAUUGAAAAGAUCAUAAGUGUCCAAAAAAAAGUUGCCGAUGCAGCACUUCAACGGCAUUGUGACUGUUAUGUUGUUUAUUUGUUUAUUUAUAUUGAUACUUGUUAUAAUUUAUCCAUGACUUAUUUUGAUAGAUUUUCUAUUGAAAUUUAUUCAUGGAUUAUUUUGAUACAUUUCUAUUAUAAUAAACAGUGUUUCCAGGGAAUAUUUUGGCGUCAGAGCCCAAAAAUACAUCAUCACACCACCAUCAUCUACCUAGGAAGAGAAAGAAAAAUUAUGAAAACUCAUUACUUUUACCACUGAAUGACAACUCAACCAUUCUGUUUUAUCAGAACCAAUUUUUAAAACAUUUAAUUUUAAAAUUUUGUUUUGUCAUUCUCCUAUACAACCAAACCUUUACAACCAAAUGUCUCAGUAACAUGGCACGUCAGGAGCUCAUUUCCUGUCGCUGGAGUGGAGGAAAUCAGCCAGGCUGCAUGUGUUUUUCAAUAUAAUGAGUCAAAAUGUGAUCUAUCAAUAACGAUCACUGCUUAAGCUCAACACUAGCAGCUGCCCACAUAUCAUACACAACACUUAGACAUGAUCUGCUGAUUUUCCUACCUUCUGCACUCGUUACCUGUGUUAUCUCUUAGCAACCAGCCCCGGCAUCCUGCUCGCUGAUUUACACUUCACCAACGUAACGACACGCAUUUUCCAUAAACUCCUUCCCACACCUCCACCCCGAUUUUAAACCCCGUCUUGUUUCCUUUUAUCCCUCCCUCCUGUGCUUUUUUGUUCCUUCGAUCCCUCCCAUCCUUUCCUGUCUCUCUCCCUCCAUCUUUUCCUCUCUUACUCUCACCAUCCAUCCCAUCCACCUGUCUACCUACCUGUCUGUGCCUCUUUAUCCAUCUCUCUCUCUGUCUCUCUCUUUCUCUCCCUCUCUCUGUCUCUCUCUCUCCCUCUUUCUCUCUCUCUCGCUCCAAACCUCCUCCUGACCCUCUGCAGCAUCGUACAGACUGUACAGUGUUUCUGUAUAUAGAGACUGACGCAUGUUUUAUCAAACAGAGUAUCAGAGUAUUUCAUUAUGAAGAGUUACUAUCUAUAGAUUAAAAAUAGAUAUCAUAUUUAUUAUCAGUUUCUAGGCUGUAUAGACGGGCAACACUGUUUGCAACAAGUACGUGCAUUGGUUUAAAAAAAAAAAUAAGAAGAAGAAAGGACAAACUCCCUUGUGGUUAACAUAUUUAUAAUAGAGCACUAAAAGGAUUAUGAGAGAAUGUUAGUUUUACAGCCCUCCGAUGAAGAGCCAUACAGAUCCAGGUUGAAAGGCCCCCCGCUGUGAUUUCAUGACCUCAGUCGUUUUCAAGAUUUGUCCUGAAACAGCUCAUCGCAGAAAGUAAUACAUGAUUAUCUGACCAAUCACAGUGAGCCUCACAUGUGCAGCAGGUUAAUCAGGGGCCUGGGUUGGUCAUGUCGACUGUCUGUAAUUAGGUGUAACUCCCAUUUUACCAGAUAAUCCAGUGGUUUACCUGCAAGGUCUGUUGGAAAUUACUGGGAUGGGUGUGGUUACACCUGCUGCACAGGUGAGAUGAUGUGAUCGUCCUGUCUGUCUAUCUGUCUCUGUUACCAGCUGAUUAAUUCCAGAUCUUAAAAUAUGAGGCAUCCAAAACUGGUCAGUCGGGCCGGCCCUGAUUCUGUGGAUUCAGAUUUUUUCGCUUGUCUAUCUGUGUGAUUACAAGCUACAUAAACAUUGUUUUGUUUGUUUCCUUUGUUUUUCAGUUUUGGUAAACCUGUAAAAAGUCAGCAGCAGGUUCCUGUUGAUUUUGUUUGUCGACAGUAGCUCUUUUGUAUUUUUAAAAUCACCUUUUCGCUGAAUGUGAUGCAAUAUCUGAUCUAACUCCUUGGCGGAGGUCUUCCAAAAUGUCUGCAGGCUGUUAAAGUCUUAAAAUGUCUUAAAUUCCAUUUUAUAAAUUUUAGGCCUUGAAAGUCAUCGAAAAGUCUUAAAUUUGUGUAAAUGAGGUCUUAACUUCAACAUAAACAUUCUAAUUCCAUGAAUCCAUUUUUUUUUUCAAAUUUAGUCAAGUUCUCCAGCAUCAGAUAUACCAUGUAGCAUUCUGUCUACCACUAAACCCAAUACUUACAUGUUGGGAAAAUUCCUAUUCUACAUUAGUAUUGCUCUUUUUUUUUUUUUUUUUCACUUAUUUAUCAUAUUUACCUGUAAUUCUGACAUCUGUAGACACCCUGUCUUUGCUCUGCUGAGCACAUUGGAGUUUUCUUUAUUCAGCCCUUAUUUUACCACAAAAGAUGAAAAUUGAGGAGAUAUCCUCCUUUACAAUGGGGUCGAGAUGUAAAAACAAAAAAAAAAAAUGUUUGACAAGCUAGAGGUUACAGGACAGAGUAGGCUGACAAACGUGCUUGAAUAAAUUAAUAUACAAUUGAAUGAGUAGAUAAAAUGAAAUAAAAUAGAAUAAAGUAUCAAAUAAAUACACAGGUAAUAAAGAGAUAAAAUUACAGUAAGGUUAAAUGUAAUUACAAUUCAAUAAAACAAGAGCUGAAAUAAGGCCUCUGAACGGCCACAGUGGCAGUAGAUAGUCAGGUUUAAUUAAGGACUUUUGCAGAUUAUUACAUGUAUAAGGUCUGCGGUAUGAAAGUGGCAUUUUUCUUCUGAUUCAGUUCUGGCUAAUGGAUUAUGGAGCAACCAUAGAAACUGAACGGGAGCAGGGAAGAAGAAACUGAACCCAUUCAGUUUCUGUGGGAGCGACAGCCUGUUUUGUUCAGUGUUGAACGGGAUGAGAUAAUGAGGCAGGAGCGUUAUGCAAGACAGAAUCGGUGCAGAUACUCGUGCAUCACUGAGCUGUCUGAGGAGGAGUUUUGAAAACAACUGAGGUCAUGAGGUCACUGGAGGGGGCGGGGCUUAAGACGUUCUGACCCGGGUUCGGUUGAAUCCACCCAAGGACUUUGAAUGUUACACAUCAUCCGAAAGCGCUGUCUUGUGAUUUUUCAAAUGUGCACCACACUCGGCCCACAAAUUCAGAAAAUUUAAAUGAGUCAUCUGAAAAUGUAAAACCGGUUCUUUGUCCAAGUUGUUGCCUGUCUACCACGGCCCUUCAUUCAGGAGCUUUGAUGAGACUGAAAAACUGACUAACUGCUGCCGGAGCUGCGACAAAACGAGCUGAAUGCAUUUUAACUGUGUACAAAUAUUUGAUGUGUGCUUGAUUUAUUUAGUCCAGUGAGCCAUGUGUCAAAUACGGACUGAGACCACUCAGACGUCGGCUAUAUUUUGAUAUAUUUGAUGAUUUUUGACUUGAACAAGGAAGACGGUUGUUCUGAGGUUGUAUUUGCUGUAACGGGUUACGGGUGUAUUUCACUUCACUUCAGUGUGUACUAACACCACCAACACUAAGACGACAUGUCAUUCCCUGUGUUUUUAACUGUUAUCAUUUGUAUUAUGUACUACACUUUUAAAUCAAGCACACCUCAAACACUUACAAUAUUUGAAAUCAAGAUUUUUUUUUUCCAUCUUUGUCUUAUCUGACAGUGGCUUUGGCAGCUCUACAUCGGGUUGUUGCUGUUUAGCAUUUAUGCCAUUUCUUCUGUUUAUUUGUAUGUAUGUUAUUUUUUCCCCUUGUAGUUAUGGUCAUCAUGGAUUUUUAAUUUAUUGUGUAUGAUAAAAGCAGAUGUUUUUAAAAUAAAACCUAUCAAUCUAG